AGAAUCAUGGAUAUUUACAGCUUUACAAUGGGUUACUAGAUCAAAUAAUUCAUGGCCAACUAGUGAGUUAAAACAAAGAGUAAUUGAUCAUGGAGUCAUAUGUGUGCCAAUUGGCCAAGAGGGGGAUCUCAAUGAGGAAUUAAAUGGCGCAUAUCAUUCUCUGUAGGUGAAAAAUUUCUGAUAUGUACAUUUAGUCACACACAGUUAUUGUGCUAUGCUCUCAUGAAAAUUCUUCUGAAAAAUGUUAUAAGCGAAUCUCCCGGAUGUAAAGACUUACUUUGUUCAUAUUUCAUUAAAACUAUCUUAUUGUGGCUAUCUGAAGAAUUGCCGACAUCUGUGUGGAAACCAGAUAAUUUGAUACCUUGCUUUAUGAAGUGUUUCAAAAGACUUGUAUAUUGUGUAGAAUACUCCGUUUGUCCACAUUACUUCAUUCCAGAAAACAACCUUUUUGAAAAUAAGAUUAUUGGACAAAGCAGAACAAAGUUGUUACAAAAAUUGAAUGAGUCACAUGAUUAUGGAUUGCAAUGUAUCUUUAGUUCGGAAAAAAUAUCUAACUUACCGUCGUUUACAAGACAACAGCGCAAUGUGGACAUGUUCGCAAACGAUAUUCAGAAAAUAAUAAAGUCAAAUUCUAUUCUUCCGAUACAAAGUACAACCAUCAUGGAUUAUGAACGAUGUCUAAAAUCAAUACUUUUAAGUAAAUCUAAACAAAUAAGGUCCAUCCUUUUACACAAUAUGACUAGUCUUUCCUUCAACACUGUACACACAAUGCAGCUACCCAAUCCAUAUGGUAACAUAUACAAAUAUAAACAAUACAAAACAUGUAUCUGUUAUAUUCUACAGAGUAUCCAGCACGAUGCUGUGUCAGGCUGGAUGAUGUUGGCCACAUUAUUCUACAAACACAGACAAUACAAGAAAGCACUUUGUGUUCUGUUAUAUUCACUCACAAAAUGUACCACAAAAAAAUUGGGCUUUGGUGCAAAUAUAUCCAACGAACAUCGUGAACUAUUCCGGUAUAAUACAUUUAGAAAGUUAGGAAUAAUUCGCACGCUACGAAUUCUAUUCUUACGUCCAAUAGAUUUUUUUGAUAAACCUAAUUCUAUUCUUGACGAACUAAAAAUAAAUGAUAAAGAUUUUAAUCAACGCACCGUAAUACCACCAGUUACAUAUAUCCAUUUGCUUACUUUCUUGUGUCAUUAUUGUCUGAAUAAUAUAAGAAAUUAUCAGGAAUCACUAGGAGACAUUCGUCUAACAAUAGAAGAGGAUUAUUUUAUGUCGGAUAAUGGUUUGAGAGCUGCAGCAUUCGACUGUCUUGGGGUAGCUUUUCAGAUUAUAGGAGAUACGGAAGCAGCUAGAGAAGCUUUUGUUAAAUCAACAGAAAUUUUUCCUUAUCAAUUGGACAAUCGCUCAUUCCAACGACUAGCAAUACCAAAAAAGUAUAGAUAAGCAUUUACAAUAGCUCAGGGAUAACUUGUGCAGAAUUACUGUUUCCAUGUACAAUACUUAUCAUUUAAUCAGAUGA